AGUCGGCAUUUCCUGUGCUUAUAUGUGACAGGAGAGCGGACGCGUUUUCCGGCACUCUAUGGUCCCUGAGGGAGCGUUACGUGUCUAUAUUUUUUCCUUCGCUGUCGCGCCAACCCAACCAUUUGCCUCUGGAUUUGCCUGCCUGCCUUGGUUCUGGACUUGCGAGAGAGCAGUAAAGAUGGCCCACGCCUGGUACCGGGAGCCUGGACGGCUGCAGAAGAAGCCCACCAGGAGGAGGAGAGGAAACCAGGUGUGAGCUGUACCCCACUUUAUGUCAUGGUGCAAGACUACAUUGAGGAGUGAAUGACAAUGAGCACAGGAGCAGUUACAAUGGAAUCUGUGGGAGGAGACAAGAUGAACGCACUAUGCCAGGAGCUCUUGCUACCUGGCUCAACGAAUGCAGGAAAUGAGAACAACCAUAGCAUCUCCAGUGAGAACUUAGUGGUGGGACAAAGCUUGCUUUUAACAGAGGCUUCUGUGGUAGGAACAGAAACUGCUGGUGUUGAAAUAUUUGUAGAAACCGUGACUAGCAGCAUGUCCCUCAGCAAUCCUGGCAGCACCACAGAGGUCUUGGUCAAAGUUGUGGAGCUCUAUUUCUGUGAACAGUGUGGGCAGAGCUUCUCUGACCCCGGCCUGCUUUCCCAGCAUCAGUGCAUUGAGCUUCCCAGAGGACAACUUGCAAGCACCCCUCAGCUCCAAGAGCUACCACUGGGCCUUACAAGCCAGAGCCUGGCUGUCUCUGGAGAGCAGUCGGCAGUCCACGAGGCACAAGCUCAGGGCUUGCUGGAUAGAAGCAGGCAGGACCCUGAAUUCUGCUCCGAUCCCCUCUUGUGCCCUGUUUGCCAGGCGGAAUUUGCCUUGCCCACUGAGCUGAAGGAGCAUUUCAGGGACCACCAAAAACCUACGGGUCCCCAAGUCUGCUUUGAGGAAGGCUGUCAUUUCAGCUCGGAGGAUCGCAAGCAACUCCGGGGGCACCUGCGGCAUGUCCACCAGGUGUGCCCAGUUACCUGCACCUACCGUGGCUGCUCGCUCUUGUUCCGAAGCCGAGAGGACAUGGACCUUCACCGCAGGAGCCACUUCCCGUUUCACUGUAGGCGCUGUGACUUCAUCAGCGGCAACACCAAGCAGUUUGGGCAGCACCGACGCAGCCAUCUGCAGGAGGCCACGCAGCAGGAUGUGGAGGCAGCACUGGAGACGGGAGCAUUCGCUGAGAGCACUGAGCACAGCUUCACUGCCAUAGUGGGGAAGCGACUCACCCAUCAUCUGCUUCUAACAUCAGGAAGGGAAGAACCACUGAGCAAGGCUGAGAAUUGCCUGGAAGUUCAGAGUGGUUGGGAUGUGACUGAAAUGGAGCCUGGCCUGGGGGCACAUGUUGGUAGCAGUCAUGUGCCUCCUGAGGACGCAGGACCCAAGGAAGACACAGGGGAUGAAUUUCAGGAGGAGGAGGAGGAGGAGGUGGUUGUGGAGAAGGAGAGCUUUGAGAAGAAAGCAUCUUCUAAAAGAACAAAGGCUCAGCUGAUCAAAGAAGGUGCGGUCGAGGACUCCAAAUACCUGUUCAAGACCCACAUGUGUCCAGAGUGCAAGCGUUGCUUCAAGAAGCGGACUCACCUGGUGGAACACCUUCACCUCCACUUCCCUGACCCCAGGCUGCAGUGCCCAAACUGCCAGAAGUUCUUCACCAGCAAGAGCAAGCUGAAGAUCCACAUGAUGCGUGAGAAUGGGGAGAAGGCCCACCGCUGCCCGCUCUGCCACUACAGCUCCGUAGAGAAGAAUGCCCUCAACAGGCACAUGGCCAGCAUGCACGAGGACAUCUCCAACUUCUACUCAGACGUCUACUCCUGUCCUGUGUGCAAGGAGACAUUCAAGCUCAGCCAUGCCCUCAAAGAGCACCUGAAGACCCACAAGGCAGAGCCCAAGCAGCUGAGCUGCUUCCAGGCCGACUGCAGCUACUGCACUGAGGACCGCAAGGACUUCCUGCGGCACGUCAGGGAGGCGCAUUACAUCAAAGCGGUGGAGUGCAAGUACUACGCCUGCUCCCUGCUCUUCCCCACCGCGGAGGUCAUGGAAGCGCAUCGCAAGACGCACUACGCCUUCCACUGCCAGCAGUGUGACUUCAUCUGCUCCAACAAGCAUGUCUUCCGCAAGCAUAAGAAGCAAGGCCACCCAGGGAGCGAGCAGCUCCAGUGCAGCUUCUGCCCCUUUGCCACAUUCAACUCUGUGGAAUUCCAUGACCACGUGGGCAAGAUGCACGCCAGCGAGAAGAUCCACAAGUGCACCGAGUGCAACUUCGCCACGGCACACAAGAGGGUCCUCAUCCGCCACAUGCUGCUCCACACAGGAGAGAAGCCUCACAAAUGCCAACUGUGCGACUUCACUUGCCGAGACGUGAGCUACCUUUCCAAGCAUAUGCUGACCCACUCUGACGACAAGAACUACAUGUGCACCGAGUGUGGCUAUGUGACAAAGUGGAAGCACUACCUGAAUGUUCACAUGCGGAAGCACACGGGAGAUCUGAGGUAUCAGUGUAACCAGUGUUCCUACCGCUGCCACCGGGCCGACCAGCUGAGCAGCCACAAGCUGCGCCACCAAGGCAAGUCCUUGAUCUGCGAGGUGUGUGGCUUUGCUUGCAAGCGCAAGUAUGAGCUGCAGAAGCACAUGCAGACGAAACACUCCCAGAACUACCAGUCUCCCAUCUUCCAGUGUCAGUACUGCAGCUACCAGACCAAAUACAAGCAAGCCCUGCUCAACCACGAGAACUGCAAGCACACCAAGCAGAGGGAGUUCCGUUGCGCCCUGUGCCCUUACCACACCUUCAGCAAUACCAGCCUUUUCUUCCACAAGCGCAAGGUCCACGGCUAUGUGCCCGGUGACAAGGGCUGGCAGGAGAAUUAUGCCAGCAAGGAGCUGGAGGUCACCUCGACGGAGGUGCUACUCAGUUACAAUCUGGCCAUGACCCUCCAUGCUGAGCCCAGCCCCUCCCUCUCCAGGAGGCAUGACAGAACCAAGGCCCUUGUUUCAGAGGUCCAGGAGGAGGAUGGCCCCCAGGAGACUUUCAUCCUGUCUCUUUUUGGGAGUGAAGGCAAUGCUGAGACCGGGAGAGAAGAAGUAGUGGGAGGGCAAGACCAUAGUAAGGCAGAUGCAGCCCCUUCGGAGGAACUCUCAACCAAAGCCUUUCCUAAGGGUUCAGGGGAAUCGGGCAGUAUUGGGAAGCCCCUUCCGACUUGCACACUGCAUCUGGAGACCCUGUGCAGCUCUGACCCAGAGCAGCUGGCUGAGGAGAUGCCCACAGCAUUGCCAGACAGUGGGGAGGCCCUGAAUUGUAAGGUGGUGGAAUCAGCCUAUGAAGCAUUAGCUUCCAAGGACUCUCUCCUCCUGGAGGACAGCGAAUCUGCUCUCGACGACAUCCCUGAGUUUGAGGAGGAGGCAGAGGUCCAUGAGGACAGAGAGAUGGAGCUGGAGAAAGGUGCUGGGUCAAGGACUGGUGAAGAGAGCAAAAAAGAUGCUCAGCAGGAUCUGGGGGACAGUAAGGGUGAUAGGCGGGACUCUGAACUUCAGCAGGCACCACCCAGCCCUGAGCAGGGAUUGGGGUGCAAAGAACCCAGUAUACAGGAAGCUUGGCCAAAGGGGUCAGAGCAAGAUUCUCUUCGACCUGUUACCAGCCAUGAGACUCUCCUUGCCCCAGAAGAUAUGCGUCCUCCCUCUGAAGAAGGCUCCGAUUCAGAAUCUGUGCUGAAAGCUCUAAGGAGGCAGGACAAGGAGCAAGCGGAAACCCUGGUCCUGGAAGGCAGGGUGCAGAUGUUGGUGGUUCAGUCUGAGAGCCGUGUCUUCAAGUGUGAGAAAUGCUCUUACAUCACCAGGAAGGAGAAGUCCAUGCUGGUGCACUGCAAAGCUGGCUGUCAGGGCAGGAAAUGCCCCUUGGUGUGCCAGGAGUGUGGGGCCAUUUUCAAGCAGCAGAGAGGCCUGAAUACCCACCUCCUCAAGAAGUGUCCGGCUCUUGUGAAGAAGACUGGCGGGAAAGCAGCCUGCUUAGACCAGCCUGCUGCAGUACAGCCCAAUGGCAAGAGCCUGGAAAUAGCGGAGGCUAAGAAGAAUGGGCCAGGAGCACCGGACGAGGAGGUGAGCAAGCUUCAAAAGGCUUCCUGGGAAGCAGAACCGAGGCCUGUGAAUGCUGAGUCUACAGCCGCUGUCCUUCCCAACACACAGCCCUUGGCCAUCAGUUUGCAAGAGAAGCCAUCUCAGGAUGUCCCUGAAACUAUGGUAGAAGAACAGUUGCCAGGAGCUACCGCUGACACAGCUAGCAAUCCCUUGGAGAAAUACUAUGUGGAGCAGAGCAAGUUCCACUGCAAAGCCUGUUCUUUUGCCUGUUCGCGGGCGUCCACCAUCCGCUCCCACGUAGAGGACAGCUGCCGUGGCUCAGAGCAGUUCUGCUGCCCGUUGUGCUCUAAGCCGUUCCGUUCUAAGAGGGCCGUUAAGAUCCACCAGUUGGAGCGACACGUUGAAGCUCAUCCCACCCAGCUGCUGGAAAGGACCAAGCGCACGGUGGACUCGGAGGGUGGAGAUCAGCAAGCAAAUGGACAAAUCAUCUGCAAGGAGAUGGGUCGGGCCCAUGAGCCAGCGGGAGCAAGCUCUCCCCGCCCUGUGGCCGCACACAAGAAGCGACACUUCUCCUGCCCCUCUUGCCCCUUCACAUGCCACCAGGAGCGUGCCCUGAAGACCCACAAGAAGCGGGGCUGCCUGAAGCUGGGCGAGUUCCGCUGCACGCUGUGCCCCUUCACGUCCAAGGCUGCGGCAGCGCUCCGACUCCACCGCAAACUCCACCGCAAGUACUACAGCAGCCGGCCGCAGCUGGCCUGCCGCCAGUGCAACUUCACCUGCAAGCAGGUGCGCUGCCUGCGCCAGCACGUGCGCAUCAAGCACGAGGGCGAGAAGCCCCACAAGUGCCCUUAUUGUGAGUUCAGCACCACCCGGCGCUACCGGCUGGAUGCCCACCAAUCCUUGCACACGGGCGUGGGCCGCAUCGCCUGCCCCACCUGCGGCCAGACUUUCGGCACCAACUCCAAGCUGCGCAUCCACCGCCUGCGGGUCCACGAGAAGAAGCCCACCCACUUCUGCCCGCUCUGCGACUACAGUGGCUACAUCCAGAACGACAUCACCCGCCACGUCAACAGCUGCCACCAGGGGGAGCUGAACUUUGCCUGCGCCCACUGCCAAGCCCGCUUCAGCUCGGAGACGGCCCUCAAGCAGCAUGCCCUGCGCCAGCACGAGGAGAAGGUCUCCUACGCCUGCCCUCGCUGCGCCUUCGUCUGCCACAGCGAGGCCACCCUCAAGUGCCACAUUCAGAAGCAGCACCCGCACCUGGAGUGUGCCACCUGCAAGGCCACGCUGGCCACCCGCGAGGAGCUGGAAGAGCACAAGAAGCUGCACUUCAGCCACCGCUGUGACAUCUGCAGCUACGCGGCCAAGGAGCGGCAGCAGCUGGUGAGCCACUACCUGGAGGCCCAUGAGCCCCCCGCGGCCAGCGAGAGGCCGCUCAGGUGCUCCUUCUGUGACUUCGGCUGCUUCCACCAGCUGGUUCUGGACCACCACGUGAAGGGCCACGGUGGCACCCGCAUCUACAAGUGCUCCGACUGCGAGUACGCCACCAAGAACAAGCAGAAAAUCACAUGGCACAUCCGCAUCCACACCGGGGAGAAGCCUUACAAGUGCCACCUGUGCCAGUACGCCUGCGCUGAUCCUUCGCGCCUCAAGUAUCACAUGCGCAUACACAAGGAGGAGAGGAAGUACCUUUGCCCGGAAUGCGGCUACAAGUGCAAGUGGGUGAAUCAACUGAAGUACCACAUGACAAAGCAUACAGGGAUCAAGCCAUAUCAGUGUGACGAGUGCGAGUACUGCACCAACCGUGCCGAUGCCCUGCGCAUCCACAAGGAGACGCGCCACCGCGAGGCCCGCUCUUUCAUCUGUGAGCAGUGCGGGAAGGCCUUUAAGACUCGCUUCCUCCUCAAGACGCACCUGAAGAAGCACAGCGAGGAAAAGCCAUACGUCUGCAAUGUCUGCUACCGGGGUUUCCGGUGGGCAGCCGGCUUGCGGCAUCACUAUCUCACGCACACCAACGAGCACCCUUUCUUCUGCCGCUACUGCAGCUACAAAGCCAAGCAGAAGUUCCAAGUGAUCAAGCAUCUGCAGAGGCACCACCCAGAGCAAGGCGGGACAGAGGGGGAUCUCAGCAAAGGGGUGGGCAAGGACCCUAGUACACUUCCUGUCCACCUGCAUGACGCUCAGCUGGAGAUUCCCCCCUCCAAGCAUCCAGAGGUGAUCGAGGCCCAGGUGUCACCGCAUGGCUAAGUCAAAUCUGGGGGGAAAUGGACUUUGCACAUUGAGACGACACUUUGCUGUGGUUUCCAUGAACUGGAAGUGGGUGGAAGCCCUCGGCCUGGAAGCACACGAUGUGCCCAUCCAAGCUGUUUCAAGCCCGCUAGGGCAAACACUGGCCUCUCUAGGGCAGGCGUAUGCCAUUGUGUAUGUUUUAUAGUCAUAUCUGUACAUGGGAUGUAAAAUAUGUGACUGUAUAAAAGGGAUCUCCAGCUUUCUUUGCAAUUUU